UCGAUGCUGGAGCACCGAGCACAGCAGCAGCAGCAGCUCAGUCAGUCCGUCGCUGCAGUCCUACACAGCGGACACUCAUCAACAUCCUCCCCGCGUCGGCGCUGCUGUGACGCCUUGGUGAUUCUGAGCGGACGGUGGGCGGCUCGGCCGAAGCACUUUACGGAGGGGAGGAUUUAACCAUUCGCGGUGGAAAUGAGGACACCUGCUACAGCGGCUUCUCCCAGAAGGCGGACCGGGAACUGGCAUCGAUUUUCCCCGUGCAAGUGAGAAAGAAUCACCAUGACCAUUCUCCUGGUGACCCGUCUCUCCUUCACUGAGGGACCUCAUCGCUUUCUGGUUUCUGGGCGUAACAACGCAGGGAUGAGAUAAUAAAGUCGACGGCCUGGUUUAUGCUGCUACAACAACUGUCGCGGCACUUUUAAACCCACCCUGUCCUCCCUCCUCCCCCCCCCCGAACCCCUGCCCAAGCUAAAUUGAUUUCAAGAGUGGAAACAUGACGACGCCGGCCCUCCUGCCGCUGUCGGGCCGCAGGAUACCCACGCUCUCACCAGGCGCCUCCUCUUUCCCGCACCACAGAGCAACGCUGAGGCUCUCCGAGAAGUUCAUCCUCCUCCUCAUUCUCAGUGCCUUCAUCACCUUAUGCUUCGGGGCCUUCUUCUUCCUCCCGGACAAUUCCAAGCACAAGCGCUUUGACCUCGGCUUGGAGGAUGUGCUCAUCCCUCACAUUGACCCGCCCAAAGAGGGGAAGCAUUCCUCCGGACAGGUCGUCAUACACGGACAAGGAGGACACGACGAGAACAGACACAGGGAGGAAGAGGAGAGCCUGCGGGACAAGAUUCGGGCAGACCACGAGCGAGCUCUACAGGAGGCAAAGGAGAAACUAAGGAAGUCACGUGAGGAGCUGCAGGCUGAGAUACAGACGGAGAAAAUCAAGGUGAUGGAGGACCUGAAGAAGAAGGACACGGGGCCCAAACCUCUGCCGCCCGUCCCAAUGCCCAAAGUUGUGGGUGUGAGCGACGGAGAACCACCGGAGGCUGACGCCAAAGAGAAACGCGAUAAGAUCAGAGAGAUGAUGAAACAUGCGUGGGACAGCUACAGACAGUACGGCUGGGGUCACAAUGAGCUGAAGCCCAUCGCCAAGAAGGGCCAUUCCACAAAUAUCUUUGGUAAUUCCCAACUCGGAGCGUCCAUCGUGGAUGCCUUGGACACGCUCUACAUCAUGGGUCUGCAUGAGGAGUUCAAGGAAGGCCAGGAGUGGAUCGAGCAGAACCUGGACUUCGGCUUGAAUGUCGAGGUGUCCGUGUUUGAGGUCAACAUCCGUUUCAUAGGAGGACUGCUGGCCGCCUACUACCUCUCUGGACAGGAAGUGUUCAAGCUGAAGGCGGUGCAGUUGGCCGAGAAGCUUCUCCCUGCCUUUAACACCCCGACAGGAAUCCCCUGGGCCAUGGUCAACCUCAAGAGCGGCGUUGGUCGUAACUGGGGUUGGGCGUCUGCCGGCAGCAGCAUCCUGGCUGAGUUUGGGACUCUUCACAUGGAGUUUGUUCACCUCACCUACCUGACAGGGAACCCUGCCUAUUACCAAAAGGUGAUGCACAUCCGGAAGCUGCUCGCAAAAAUGGAUCGACCCAACGGGCUCUACCCGAACUACCUGAACCCCCGCACAGGCCGCUGGGGCCAGCAUCACACCUCAGUGGGAGGACUUGGGGACAGUUUCUACGAAUACCUGCUGAAGGCGUGGCUCAUGUCGGACAAGACUGAUACGGAGGCUCGCAAGACGUACGACGACGCCAUAGAGGCCAUCGAGCGCCACCUGAUACGCAAGUCCAACAGCGGCCUGACGUUCAUCGGCGAGUGGAAAAACGGCCACCUGGAGAGGAAGAUGGGCCACCUGGCCUGUUUCGCCGGCGGCAUGUUUGCGCUGGGCGCCGACGGCUCGCCCGACGACAAGGCCGGACAUUACCUGCAGCUGGGAGCCGAGAUCGCACACACCUGCCACGAGUCGUACGACAGGACGGUGCUGAAGCUCGGCCCGGAGGCCUUUAAGUUCGACAGCGGCCUGGAGGCGGUGGCCGUGCGGCAGAAUGAAAAGUACUACAUCCUGCGGCCGGAGGUCAUCGAGACUUACUGGUACAUGUGGAGGUUCACCCACGAUCCCAAGUACAGGAAGUGGGGCUGGGAGGCAGCGCAGGCCAUCGAUAAGUACUGCAGGGUGAGCGGGGGUUUCUCGGGGGUGAAGGACGUCUACUCCUCCAACCCGACCUACGACGACGUCCAGCAGAGCUUCUUCUUGGCCGAGACGCUCAAGUAUCUGUACCUGUUGUUCUCCAGUGACGACCUGUUGCCGUUGGAGACCUGGGUCUUCAACACGGAGGCUCACCCGCUGCCCGUCCUGCACCUGGGCAACAUCACGCUGCCGGGCAGCGAGCCGGCUCAGCGGUAGAGAGACACACACACACACACACACACACACGUGGAACCCUCUGCCUGCGCUACAGCACCUGUGGGGGGCAACACCCCCCACCCCACCCCCCCAUCCCCACAAACCUUUAAAUAAAAACAAAAAAAAAAAUAAGACCCCGCCCACCAACACUGGACAAACGAACAUUGUGAUCGACUCUCCGCCGCUUUUGGACGUGGACGUGGAGAGAGCGGAGAGGACACUGUCUCCGUCUCUGUCCUCUGAGUCUCUGAAGGACUGAGCUCCGGAAGAAACAAAAAACUAAGAGAGAAAGAGAGAGAGAGCGUGAAAGUGGCGGCGGCGCGAUGAUUUGUUUUCUUUUACCGUUUAUUUUUAGUGUUUUACUUUUUGACCAAACUUCUCGUCUCGUACAGAGACUGCGAGGAUUUCCAUGAAGUGGUCGUUUUUGACACUGAUGCUUAAGGAGGAGGAGGAGGAAGAGGAGGGUGUUGUUGUUGUUUUUCCUGCAGACAGACAGACAGACAGACAGACAGACGGACACGAGGACUUCACACGGUCUGUUGUUUCUUCUCUUCUCUUUUCUUUGGAUAAAUCCCAGAUGGGGACACAGGGUUGAAAAAAAACAACAAAAAAACAACCCCAGUUUCCCCCCCCGCCCCUACUUCCUGUUUAAUCUUCAUCUGAUGAACUUGAACCUGGAACUCUGAGCAGCAGCAGGUUGUGGCAUUCAUUCAUCCAUUCAUCCAUUCAUUCAUUCACCUCCUCAAAUCCUCCCUUUUUGUUUUUUCAAAAUAAAGCGUAUGAAAGUGUGGACCAUUUUAUGUGGAACAGAAAAAGCAGCGGGAGGAGAAGAGCCGGCCUCGUCAUCGUCGUCGCCCUGAAACAUUCUGCUGCUGCUGCUGCUGCUGCUGCUGCUGCUGUUUCUUCUUCUUCUUCUUCUUUAAUCUCUGUCCUCCACAUUUUUUCUUAUCAAACGAUCACAGAGAGAGUUCCUCUCCAGCUUAUCGCCGCUCCUCUCAUCUCUACCGUCGCCUUUUUUUACAUAAAUCACUCUUCACAUGGUUUCAGAUCAUGAGGCUGGAACCCCAGCUACACACACACACACACACACACACACACGUGUGUGAAACAGCGCCCCCUGCUGUAAGUCAUUUGUACGUGCACUUUGGAAGGAAAGUAUUAGAGGAGCUGAAUAAAUGAAGACGUCCACUCA